GGGCAUUGGGGCCGGUCCGCUUGACGAGGACGGUCGUUAGUGUGAAAGCUGUAAGGUUGCUUGGGAAUCAUAAGUGCUGGAAGUACAUAUUAUAAUUAAUGUUGUAACAAAGCAGGCGUUUGUAUUGUACGACGAGGAUCGAUUGUGAGAAUUCGUUACAAUUCAGAAGCGGGACAAGACCCAAUCUAAGGUAUGGAUACUGAUGAAGCGAUGACUCCCGAAGGCUCGCCUUCUCGAAAUGAUGAAUUUCAGAGAAAGCGUUCACGGUCUUCCUCCAAGGCAGCAGCUAACUCUAAGAGAGGCAAAAAGCGAUCAAAGAAGAAACGCAAAGUGUCUUCCAGCUCCUCCUCCUCCAACAGUGAGUCACCCCGUAGUUCACGGUGUGCAAGUAAGAGACGAUCCAAGGAAAAAGGUAGUUGGUCUACUGAACAGGUACUGGAUAUAUUUAAUACCCUUCAAGGGCAUAAGUGCAAGACAAGUAAUUUAAAUAAUAAUCUUCUCAACAAUGUAAUACCAGAAUUUGAUCCGUCAAGUAAAACUCAGAAUAUCGACUGUUGGAUUAGGAAAGUAAAUGAAUGUGCUUUAAUCUAUGAAUGGGACGAGAAGCAGACCAUACAUUUUGCUCUGCAGAAACUGUCUGGCUUGGCAAAGAAGUGGUUCGAAGCCCUUCCUAGCGUUGUUUUCAAUUGGUCAGAGUGGCAGGACAAACUUACAAGAGCUUUCCCAAAUGAGCAAAAUUAUGGUCGGCUUCUCGAAGAAAUGUUAUCUCGCAGUACUCGUAGUAACGAAAGUUUACGUGAGUACUUCUACGAUAAGUUAACGUUAUUGAACAGAUUUGAAAUAAGAGGCAAAAAGGCCGUCGAUUGUAUUAUCCACGGAAUACUAGAUACAUCUAUUAGAAGCAGUGCACAGGCACUGACUUGUCGCGAACCAGAAGACUUGUUGAAUUUUCUAAGCUCCCAACGUCCUAUAUUAGAAAAUAAAACAUUCAAUAGGAAACGUAGCGAUAAUACGAUAGUUCGAACGGGUAACACUGCAUCAUCCUCAGGCGAAAGUUUGUUAACUUGUUUCAAUUGCCGCUCAAAGGGACACCCUUACCUUCGAUGCCCUAAACCUCUUACGAAAUGUGUAAAAUGCCAUCGGGUAGGCCACAACAGCGAUAAUUGUAAACUAGAGCCGUUGAUCUUGCGAAAUGAGCCUAAACAAACGGAUAACCAGGAUAGAAAAAUUUUAACUAUAUCUACCCUCAAUAACAACAGCGACAAAUUUUACAAAACGGUUAAGGUAAACGAUAAGUCUGUAACUGCAUUUAUUGAUUUCGGCAGUGAAUGUAGUUUAAUCAGGGAAUCUGAUGCUCAAAGUCUGAAUUUAACUAAAAACUCAACGGAGUUGCCAGUAAUCAAAGGGUUCGGGAACUCUAAAGUAUUUCCAGUAUAUAGGACCAACGUCGAUUUGAAAUUAGAUGAAGUUGAGGUUAAUGUAGAGUUACUGGUGGUUAGCAAUCAUUUCCUUCAGUCGGCUUUACUUAUUGGUCAAAAUGUUACUGAACUUCCUUGUGUUACAGUAUUUAAGAAUAGUCGUCAGUUAACUUUUUACCAGAGCCCUGAUAUCGAUACCAUACCAGAGCCGGUAAAAUGUUUGAAGUUAAAUCUUGAUAACGAUACCGACAUUUCAUUAUCACGGUUAGUUGAAGCUACCGCAUCUGACGCUGACUUCUGUGGAGAUAUUUAUAUUGAAGGUUACUGUAAUGGUGAGCCUAGGAAAGAGCAUUAUUUGCACCAGGGAAUUUAUAGGGUUGUUGAUGGAAAGUGCUAUUUGCCCGUGACAAAUUUAUCUGGUCAAAAUCUUACAUUAUCCAAGAAAUGCCCUAUUGCUAAAGGAACUUGUUUUGUUGAAAAAGAUAGUAUCCAUGUAAAUAAAGUAACCAAAAAUAAUUCGGAAUAUGAGCCUUUACUAAUAUCUGACAUAAAUGUUGGUCCUCAAGUUAACAAAGAGGCAUUAGUUAGACUUCAUUCGCUUUUACUCAAUUAUCGAGAUUGCUUUGCAUUUAAUUUAGGAGAAAUAGGUUGUAUCAGCUCAACUAAAAUGAAAAUAGACUUAUUGGAUGACAAACCUGUAGUUUACCGACCGUAUAGAUUAUCCUUUUCGGAAAGAGGUCAGGUUAAGGAGAUAAUAAACGACUUGUUGCAAAAUGAUAUUAUACAAGAGUCUAAUUCAAAUUAUGCCAGUCCUAUUUUAUUGAACGUACAUGAAGUCCGUCAGUUUUUGGGACUAGCAGGAUAUUUUAGAAAAUUUAUCAAAAGUUUCGGUGAGAUAGCCAGGCCUCUUACCAACUUACUCAAGAAGGGUAAUGUUUUUAAAUGGACAGAUAAAGAAUUUCAUUCGUUUAAUACCUUAAAAGAUAAGUUAAUUGACCGACCAGUUUUAGCUCUAUACAAUCCUAAUUUUGAAACUGAGUUGCAUACGGAUGCAAGUUCUCUAGGCGUGGGUGGGAUAUUGAUGCAAUGGCAGCUGGAGUCGCGUGCUCUCAAGCCAAUUGCUUACUUUAGCCGGCAAACCACCCCGGAAGAGCGUCACUUGCACUCUUAUGAACUCGAGACCCUUGCAAUUGUUUGUUCGUUAAAGAAAUUUAGGGUAUAUUUGUUGGGGAUUGAGUUCAAAAUUAUAACAGACUGCCCCUUCAAAAUAGCAAAAAUUUUGGGCAAUGAUAGGUAUAAAAUUGUCGAAAUACCUGGCUUUAGUAAACGCAAAAAUAAAUUCGAUAGUGUGGUUGCGGUAGACAGGAUUUGCCCGUGGAUCAAUAUAAAUGUGUCCGAACAUAAUGAUAAUUUAGAUGCAGUAGCUAGCAGCAGUAGUACGUCUGAUAGCGAAAGUAACAAAAGUGACAAAUAA